AUGGCCCAGCUGUCUAAGACUGUACCCGUUACUCAGGCUGACGGUUUCCGUAUCACCGACUUGGCGGCGUUCAAACCCAAGGACCAGCAAUGCCUCCUUACCGAAGUCAAACGCAUUGAAAAAACGACCUUUCCAUCAAGCGAGGCUUUUGAUUUUGACACUGAGCUCAAAAAACGUAAUACCAAGGUGACCCUAGCUGUGGUAGAGGGUAGUGAGUCGACCGAAGUGGUGGGUUAUCUCGUUUUUCUUCGGAUGAAGCGCAUCGUUUUGCUUCACAAGAUUUGUGUUUCUGCAGCAUACCGGCAGAGAGGGAUCGCCAAAGCAAUGGUACUAUUGCUUAGAUCACGUCAAGAGAAAGAUGGGGCAGAUUGUAUUCAGCUAUGGAGGAUGUGGAGCGCCGCUGUCUUGCUUCUGGCGGUAGUAGUGACCGCAGUGCCUCAGGUCAAUUACCCCUUCAAUUCGCAAGUUCCGCCCGUGGCGCAUGUGGGAGAAUCAUUCAGAUUUCAGUUCGCUCUGACCACAUUUGAACCUCAAUCAGAGAAUCUGCAAUAUUCUCUGACGGACAGUCCCUCUUGGCUUUCUUUGGACGGCGCGACCAGAACUCUGUGGGGAUCCCCAGGACCCAACGAUGCAGGGUCUAAGACUUUUACUAUCACUGCUGCCGGCGCCGCGGGUGCGGUCGCUACCAUGCAGGCAACAAUGAUGACCACGGCAUCGGGCGGCCCUGCUGCCAGUGUGAAUGUGUCCGACGUUCUUGUAAAGACUGGAAGUUUGUCAGGACCGUCUACUCUAGCGCUCUUGGCCGCUAAGCCACUCGACUUCAAGUUUCCACUAAGCACCUUUACGGAUGCCGGGAAACCUCUGUCAUACUACGCAACUUUGUCUGAUCAUACGCCCCUACCAUCGUGGAUCGCCUUUGAUGGAGGCUCUCUUCAUUUCUCUGGCACAACCCCUCAACUAUCGACGUCACCACAGACCUUCGAUAUUGUUCUCAUAGCGUCAGAUAUCCCGAAGUAUGCUGAAGCUUGGGUAACGUUUUCGCUCGUCGUCAGCAACCAUGAGUUUCUCUUCAGCCCCUUAAAGCAGACAGUAUCAUCGCCGAAAGGCGAUGCGAUUAGCUUUACCGCACUUCGCAGCCAUCUGAGUCUGGACGGGAACCAGAUUUCGGAUGGAGAUAUCCAGAGUGUGACGGCUGACGCGCCAUCAUGGCUUUCGUUCGACCCGCGCACGUUCGCUUUGACGGGCACACCUCCAACUGGGCUAAUGUCGCAAGAAGUCACCGUUGUUGCUAAAGACACUUAUGGCGACACUGCCAAUACGACAGUUCAUUUCUCGUUCGUGUCACCGUUGUUCAGUGGAGAGAUUGGACAAGUAAACGCUACUGUGGGAAAGGACUUUAACUAUACAUUGGACCGCUCCAUUAUCGGCCAAGACGAUGAGACAACUUCUGUCGAAGUUGGAAACGCAGCGAAGUGGUUCAGCUACGAUUCUGCAACUCUGACUAUCCAUGGGCAAAUUCCAACAGAUACUGCUCCACAAGAUAUCCAAGCUACAUUGACAGCGAAGAGCAAGGACGGAUCUAGCCACGACUCUCAGACCUUCAACAUACAUAUCUCUGCCUUCGACGCCAAAGAUCCGACAGCUGGAACGCCUAGUUCAUCGAAUGAAAAUCCAGUCAACUCCAACGCCGCUUCCGGAAAUGACAAGGCAGCAACCGAGCACUUUUCGAAGAGAACUGCUAUUACCAUUGGAGCUGUUAUUGGCGGGGUGGUACUGCUGACUGCAAUCUUGGCAUUGGCCAUUCUUCUCUGCAGACAUCGGCGACAGAGGAAGCCCAAAACCUCACCGCGACCGGAGAUAUCGAGGCCUAUUACGCAUUCCGAUGAAUGGGAAGAUAUCGAAGAUGUUGCUUCUAGCCCUCCGCGAGACCUUGAGAAAGGAGAGGUCCGGGAAAGUCGGGAGCGGACACCCGAGCACCCUCCACAGCUCGCCUUAAACCUACCCGUUGCAUCUCCGAAACAUAAGAAGAACAUAUCAACUGGAUGUAGCUCUCUUGGAGAUGGCGAAGCAAAGAUCCUUGAGGACUUUGACCGCUCAUCUUGGGGCUACAAGGAAGAAAUGGGACCGUCGCACAACCCAUACGACUCGAUGAAAAUACCUACAGAGAUAGCACGUAUAUCUCGAGGCAUGUCCAUGUCACAGAGCUCUGGUACACCCACUAAGCGACGACGCCAAACAACGCCCGUGUAUCGUAACUCCUAUCGAAGUAGCGGAAGGCCAGUAAACCGUCGUCUUACUGGCCUCGGAUACGGUCGCAGCCCUUACUCUCCAUCCCGAAGCAUGAGCAGCUGGUCAACCCCUCGACGUCCACGCGACCACACGAGCUUCGGCUCUUAUAGUACACGGUCAACUAGCGUCCUCUCAACGACACCGUCUGCCUUCCCUCAACCUCCUCCUGCACGUCACACAGCCCAAUACAUGACGGCUACGGACAAGCGUCGUAGUAUACGCGUUGUAUCCACAUUCAGCGACAACGUCCCAGAUCGUAGAACUCUAGAUGAAAGACGCCAAAGCUACAUCAAGAAGCGCGCUUCAAAUCUGUCGCCGUUCUUUGCUGCUGGCUCUCGAGCAUCGUCCUCCAGCUACAAGCCUCCAGUGAUUCCAUCUGAUCCGGCACCUUCCAGCUUAGUGGACGCGGCCGCGUCAACAUCGGCUGCCAUCGUCCGGCCAUCAGAGCCUAUAUACCAGAGAGACAGGAAGGAGUUCACCGGCAGUCUGCGUACCCAAUCCGCGUCAACAUCACUGGCUUACGGGUCCACAAGGGAUGAAUUUCCCGGAAGUCUACGUAAGCAACCGACCCAUAGAUCCUUCGCACCCACCUAUUCCAGCGCAUCCUCGGCUGGCCACGUCCAGAAACGAGAGCGUCCCAAUUCAUGGCGGCGUGGCAUAUCUGAAGGCUACCCACGCCCAGCCAGUCGGUCCAACACAGGAGAAAGUGUUCGCAGCCACAGCAUAAAUUACAGUCUUGGGACUCUCCGCAGUAGCAAGAUCUUCGAGGAUGCCGAAAUGAGCGAGAGCGUCUACUCCGUCGAUUUUGAAGCAGACGACGAUAAACUCGGCGAGAAAGAGACCCAAUUCGUACUCCCACCGCUGAGGAUCAACCACACUCGCAGAAGCAACCGAGAAAGCAGGACCUCAAAGCGCACUAGCAAAGCGCUGACACUGGAACCCGAGCACGGCGGCAAGGAGAACAGAUACUCAGGUCCCGGCCCCACGUCCACCUCCAACGCCCCUCGCCGAAGCCAUGACAAAGGCAAAGCCAGAGCCCGUGAAACCCUCGCUGCAUCCCCUAGCACCUCCAAACGCACCACCCAGAUCCGCCACCGCCGCUCUCCCUCCCACGGCGCCCACUCCACCACCUCCCAACCCUCCUCCUCCUUCUCCGCCGCGCGCCACUCCCGCAAACCCUCCUCCAGCACCACCAAAUCCCACAACCGCGACCCCUCCCGCACCCAGUCCUCCGCAUACCCCUACUUCGAAGCGCCCCCCAUCCCGCUGCCCCUCAACCCCCGGCACUCCACGUCCCGUCCCCGCUCCUCGAAACGCCUCACCCACCAGCACCGCACCGCCUCCUCCCUGCUCUCGCGCUCCCAGAGCGGGAAUAUAACGGACUACGCGCUGCAAGAGUCCCCGGCGCUCGCGGUUCUGGAUCCGCGGCACAGUGUCGCGGUGUCUGUCGCGCAUGCGCAGCGGAGUAGCGCGAGGGAGCUGCUGGGUGGGGAUAGUCCGACGGUGGGGUUUGGGGAGAUGGGGGCGUUGGGGUUGGGGUUGAGGGUGGGAGGGGAGAGGAGGCCGUUGGGGAAGAUUGGGGCGGAGAACGGGGCUGGGGAUGGCGGUCAAGGGGAGAGGCUGAGGGUGGUCGAGGGUAAGGGGCGGAGGCCUGUGAGUGUGGAGGUUAGGGAGGAGAGGGGACGGAGGGGAUGGGGGAGCUUGAGGGCGGUUAUGAGGGGGGGUGGGAGUGAGGCGUUUUUGUAG